AUGAAUUCAUAACAAACUUAGUAAAAUAUAGCUGUGCCAUCUCUUAAUUUGUUAAAAGUGCAAAAGUUUAAAGAUAAACAGGAUGUCAUCAAAGAUAUCAUAGCUUAAGAUAAGAUGGGAGAUAAAAAUGUUAAAAAAGAGGGGUAAAGAGAACAAUUUUACAAACCAAAUGCUAAAUCAAUGGCAUUACAGCAUUCUCUUGAUAACUAAACUCAUUCACCCAAGAACAGUAGUUUUACUAAGGCUGAAAUUCAAGCAGCUGCUUAGGUCCAUGAAGAGUAUCCAAGGCUUUUUAAGAAAAAAUAGGCAUUAUAAGAACUUAGAGAGAUUCAAAAAGAAGUAGCAAAAUGUAAAAAGCCAAUUAUCAUGAAUAAAAAUUCAAGUUCACAAAACAUAAAUGUGUCUAGGUAGCUCGGAAAGCAUUAGAAGCGUGACUCUUAAAAUCAGGGUAUUUUUAAAAAUGAAAUCAGUUAGCAAUAGAUUUAAUAAUCCACUCAUCAAAAUCUUAAUGGCUUAUCUAUAAAUGAGAUUGAAAAGAGAUUCCAAUAAUAAAUCUCAGUAAUGGAGCAUGAAUAUGAUAUAGAUGGAGAGACAGCAGCCAACUCAGCAAACCAGUAUCCUACCUAAAAGCUGCAAAGUCAUCUUAAAGAUCUUGCUCAACUAUAAAACGAUCUUAACAGACUUAAUAAUGAUUAAAAGCUAUCGAAGAAUAACUUUGAGAAAAUGAAGAUGUUUUUCAAAAGAAAUAAUACCAGAUCGCGUUUAAAGUAAAGAGGUGGACCUCAUGAUGAAGAAGCAUCUGAUGUUAACAAUAAAAGUUCAAAACGAAACAAGAAUAAGAGUAGUUCUUUUGACUAUUACAAUGACGAAUCUAAACGAAGUGGUAAUUCAUAGGAUUAUUCUGAGAUUCAGAGUAAUUUAGGCCCAAAAGAGGGGCAAACCCAUCAUAAGAAUUAAAGCACAAAACAUCUAACCAAUUAAAGAAAUAACAUAGAAAAACAUGUUAAGACCAAAUGCUAAUUUGAAACUUAGAAGUACGAUACUAGUCUCAAUGAUUUGUCAGUUGUCUAGUAAAGAUUAAAAAAAGAAUGCAAAGGAGACUUGGGAAUCGUAAAUCCGAUGAAGGCUUUUAGUAUCUUGAAUAUGAUUUAAAAAGAAGAUUGCCCAGAGGCCUAUGAGCCCGAAAUUGUGACACUACAUAAAUAAAAAUUGCUUGAAAAAUAAAGAAUAGAAGAGUAUAAUAAUGAUGUUGAUAAGACCUUGUUCGACUUUGAUGAUGACAUAGAUAAAUUAAGUAAUGUUUCAGAAAGAUAUUAGGUUUAGGGAUUUUAUUUAGUCGAGGAUCCAUAAGUUAAUAAUAAGACUAUAUAAGAAAGUAAACAAGAAAAUUCCUUAUAGACUGAUGAGCAAUCAAAGUAUAAAUAAAGAAAAAAGAAAACUAAGGAUGUUAAUUUUGAGAUCGAUCAAGUUAAAGCUGAAAUGAUAAAAGAUUUAUCGUACUACAAUAAAAAUAAGAGAGAUGAUUCUGAUUCACCAAGAUAGGACAAUUUUAAAAAUAGUAAGCCAGCAAACUAAAAUUAGGGUUUCAAUAUCAAAAGCCGCAAAAAUGAAAAUGAUAGAAUAAUUAGUAGCAUAAAGUAACAGCGAAGGAAUGUGUUUAAUCAUCAACCAUUGUAUGAUGAGCCUCUAAACAAAUCCUACAGCAGAAAAAACAGAGCAUCUUAAGGGAUGAGCCAAGGUCUAAAUAGGUACAAGCCAAAUAUAAAUAGGGAUUUAGGAAAUUUAUAAGAAAGAGUUGCUACAAGUGCUGCGCCUAAAGAAAGAAAUUUAAAUGAUCAGUUAUCAUCAUUCAAGAAAGAUGCAAUGAAUUUUCCUCCAAGUAACAUUAAAAGCGACAUAAAUGUUUUCAAGCAGAAGAAUGAAAGACCUCAGAUUCCAUCUACUCUUGAAAGACCUGGUGCCUGUGUGAUUAAAGAUAUAUACGGAUAAAUGUCCAAAAUGAAUUAUGAGAGUCAUUUCAAGAAUACAAUGAUGAUACUAGACUAAUAAUCAUAAUUUUCUAGACCAUUAACUUCUAAUAACAGAAUCAACACAAACAAGCAAAAUUUAUUCAACUAAAAUAGCUCAAUCAUUCAAAGUGGGAAUGAUCUUUAACUAACUAAUAUAUUAAAUUAAAGACCCAAGAAUCAGAUCCCCUUUUAAAAUCUCAACCCUGCCUUUUCUGAGGUUGCUUUGAAUAACAGUCUUAAUUAGUAUCAAUAUUAGUAGCAAAAUAACAGUGCUUAUGUGGCCAGUAAAAAGGGAACGUUAUACCCUGGAAUCACAGCCAAUCAUAAGCAUAUUGAUAGGAUUGAAAAGUAUUUUUGCUCCAACAUAUAAAAAAAGACUACCUAAUUAUAAAGCUAAGCCGAGUAGCAAAAAAAGUAACUCCAGCAUCUAAAGUUUCAAUAAUCCAAACUGAUAGGGACAUCUAUUAAUUUAGGGGACAAUGUGCCUUUGACAUCAUUAAAUACAGUCACUCAUUUAGGUAGCAUUUCUAGUAAAAGGCGACUUCAUUAGCAUGAAUUAUUCAUUUGA